UGCAAAAUCUAGAGUUAAAACCAUGAAGGAUCCUAAAUGAAUCUUACAUUCUGGAAAAGUCCACCGCUUUCACAAAUUUCAAUCUCUCAUGGCCCAGAGAACACCCAAGGCCAAACUGAGAGAACAGUUGAGAAAGGAAAACACACACAGUAGACUAAUGCUUAUACAGAGGCCUCAGUUUUCAGCAGUGAGGAGCCUUGUCAAUUCCCCUUCAAGACGGUUCUCAUCUUCAGGAGACCUGGAUUUUCAGAAGACUCUUGUCUCCGAAUUAUAUGCUCCUUUAGGUGCUUCAGUGGAACACGCUCCUAUAGAAAACCAUGCCCUAGAUGAUUUUCAAGGAGAGGAUUUUGCAUUAAACAUUAAUAUGCCAGAAGAAAAUCUCUCUGAAAAGACAACUCACAAGAAUCCUUCCGCUGCAGACUCUUCUGUGACUGCAUUCAACCCAAUGCCAGCUGUGCACCAGACCAGGAAGGCACAAUGGGAACACCUCAACACAUUCACUGAGACACCCCACAAAGACUUUGCUUCUCUCUUGCUGUCAUUCCCAGGUGAUCAGUUCGAAACUUACCUAAACCAACAUCUCCAGCCAUUUAUCCCAAACCAUGACAUAAGAAGGCUGAUUUCCCAAGUCAUCUUGACUUUAAAGAUGGACUGCUCUGAAGCUCACGUGCAACUGGCCUGUGCCAAGCUCAUCUCUAAAACGGGCCUCCUGAUGAAGCUUCUCAGUGAGCAGCAAAAUGUUAGUAUGCCCAUGGCCCAAUGGGAUGCAGACCACUGGAAAAAUGAGAACUCUUAUCAGUGACAGCGCAGCAGGCCAGGGUGAAGAGCAGGAGGAGCAGGAGUCGAGGCAGGUGAGGACAACUGCCCAACAUGAGGGUCUGCCACAAAGCACCCAAGCAGGAGGACCAGGGGCUCCUCAUCUGUAUUUUCUCUUGGCCACAUAACUUUGGCCAGGACAGUGAAGCUUAACUUUCUCCUUAAGAAAACAAAGCUGACCGGACGCACAAGAUAAACUAGAGAAGGACAUCCAUGUGCAGUACGUGUGAGCAUUUGUUCAUGUCUCUGACCUGUGCUACACCAGCCCACCCUAGGACCCACGCCUUUAGUAGCCUCACAAAAGUGUGGAGAGCAAUGUGAGACAGACAAGCCUGCAGGCUUCAGAGAGCGGUGCCUGGAAAGUAAGAGACCAAGAGGCAGGGACUCCUGAGAAACAGACAAGAAAUUGUUCUCAGGGACUUCCCACGGCCUCAAAAUUCAGUGGAAGC